GGGUGGUCCCCGCCGCUCAACGGCGGACCGAGGCGCGGCGGCUGUGGCCCGCCCGGCCCCGCGGCGCUCGCGGAGUCCGACGGCGGUGGCCGCGCCGCAGGACCCAGGCCGGGCCCGCAUGACUGCAGAAACCCGUGUGGACCUCGCACAGGACUGUGUAACCUUUGAGGACGUGGCCAUUUACUUCUCCCAGGAAGAGUGGGGGCUCCUUGAUGAGCCUCAGAGGCUACUGUACCUUGGUGUGAUGUUGGAGAACUUUGCACUUGUAACCUCACUGGUUUGUUGGCAUGGAAUAGAGGAUGAAGAGAUACCUUCUGAGCAGUUUUCUGUAGGAUUGUCGCAGGUCAAGACUUCAAAGGCAGACUCAUCCUCCCAGGAGACUUAUCCCUGUGAAAUGUAUGUCCCAGUCCUGAAGGACAUUUUGCACCUGGCUGGUCAACCUGGGCAGGAACCAUACUUGACUGGGACAUAUGCAAACCUUCACCAGGACCAGAAUUGUCACAGCUCAGAGAUGUCCUUGAUGAGAGACUUGGAAAAGGCCUCAUAUAUGAAGAGCUGCAGAAUCCAAGAGAAACCCAUUAGCUGUGGUGAGGUUGGAAAGGACUUUCUGGCCAAAUUGGACUUUAUCCAGCCCCAGGCUGUUCCCAACUGUGAGAGGCCAAACACAAUAACUGAGCGUGGGGAGGCCCUUCAUAUUGGAAUAAACCAUUACAAGUGGAGUGAAUGCAGAAAAACUUCCAACCACAAACACAGUCUUGUUCACCAUCCAGGAGUUUACACUGGAAAAAGGCUUUAUGAAUCUACCAAAUAUGGGAAAGCCUACCACUGCAAGUACUCACUUAUUCAGCUCCAGAGAGUCCGUAAUGGAGAAAGACCUUAUGAGUGCAGUGAAUGUGGGAAAUCUUUCAGCCAAACCUCGCACUUGAAUGACCACCGCAGAAUCCACACUGGAGAAAGACCUUAUGAGUGCGGUCAGUGUGGAAAAUCAUUUAGUCAAAGAGCCACACUCAUUAAGCAUUACAGAGUACACACUGGAGAAAGGCCUUAUGAGUGCAGUGAAUGUGGGAAAUCCUUUAGCCAAAGUUCCAACCUCAUUGAAUACUGCAGAAUUCAUACUGGAGAAAGACCUUAUGAGUGUGAUGAGUGUGGGAAAGCAUUUGGGUCCAAAUCCACUCUUGUUCGACACCAGAGAACGCACACGGGAGAAAAGCUUUAUGAAUGUAGCGAGUGCGGGACAAGUGUAGCCUUUGAACACCAGAUAAUUCAUACCAGAGCAAGGCCCUUUGAGUGUGGCCAAUGUGGUAAGUCGUUUAGCCUAAAGUAUGGCCUCAUUCAACAUCAGUUAAUCCACAGUGGGGCUAGACCUUUUGAAUGUGACCAGUGUGGAAAAUCUUUUAGCCAAAGAGCCACCCUCAAUAAACACCACAAAGUACACACUGCAGAAAAACCUUAUGAGUGUGGGGAAUGUGGGAAAGCCUUUAUGUUCAAAUCUAAACUCCUUCGGCACCAGAGAACUCACACUGGAAAAAGGCCUUUUGAGUGCAGUGAGUGUGGGCAGUUCUUUAGACAAAGCUACACCCUUGUUGAACACCAGAAAAUUCACACUGGAUUGAGGCCCUAUGAGUGUGGCCAGUGUGGAAAAUCCUUUAUCCAGAAGUCUGGCCUCAUUCAGCACCAGGUCAUUCACACUGGAGAGAGACCAUACGAGUGUGGCAAAUGUGGGAAAUCUUUUACACAACACUCUGGCCUCAUUCUUCACUGAAAAUCUCACAUCGUGGAGGGGCCUCACAAAAGCAACAAAUGUGAGGAAGCCUUCAACCCAGGGUUUAACAUUACUUAG